AUGGCGAGAAACUGUCGGCCGCUGAAACCGCCGCGCUCAGCUGUUUCGAGGCGCCACGGUCUGACGAACCGAGCGACAGGUCGCAAGAAUAAGGGGCGCCAAGAUAGCUACGCUCCCCAAAUUAUCAAGCAGGGCGGGGCCAAGUGGCGUCAGGUCGAGCGAGCGGUGUACAGCCCGUUGGCGGCACCAGUGCCGCCAACAUUGAACACUUUGGCAUGGUGUGAGAUCUUGCGUCGCUGGGAGCCUUGUUCGGAAGGUCCAGGAGACUGUGAGCUGUUGGUCAAGUCG